AUGUCUUCAGAUACACCUAUACCUAGUGAAUUACUGAAAACUUUAGAAACACCCGAAGCGACGUCUCCGCAAGAAAAAGAAGUUCAACAGGAUGAGCCAAAGAAUGACAACCCAUACACACCAAAAUCAAUAGUUCUAGCAAAGGUUAAAGGUUAUCCACCAUGGCCUGCGAUGAUUCUCGAAGAGACUAUGUUACCGGAAAACAUCCUUAGUAAGAAACCAAAAAGUGUUAAACAACCGCCUAAGAGAAAACUGUCCAAGCCAAUAAGUAUAUUACCGGUCCGAUUCUUCAGCGAUGAUACUUACAUUUGGAUUAAGAGUAAUGAAGUGAAAACUUUAAAUCACGAAAUGAUAAAUCUGUUUUUACAGAAUGAUAAGAAACGUAAGGAUAACUUAUUGCAAACUGCAUACGAAUUGGCUAGUGAUCCACCAGACAUGGAAUUGUUCAUAAAAUGGGGAUCAAAGGGCGAGCCGGUCGAAGUUCCAUAUGUUCCUGAAGACGAAGAACUUGAAGAAGAAGAAGAAGCCGAGGAUAUAGAAGAGGAGGAACGCGAAGAAGAAGAAGAGGAAGAAGAUGAUUACGAGGAGCCUUCUCGAAAGAAACAGAAGAAAAAUACCAAACAACCUAAAAGUAAAAAGAAAACAACCAAGAAGCAACCAGCUAAAAAGGAAACUAAAUCUACAGUAACCCCGAAGUCGAAACCGGUCGAUCCAAGAGAAGAAGGAUAUGACAGUGAUUGGGGCUUGGAUGGAGUGAAGCACUAUAAUUAUGACGAGGGGAAUUACAUAUUUGAUAAAGAGAAGGAUCAGAUCAAAUUUGAAACCGAAUUUCCGUCGGCGGCAUCUUUGAGCGACUCGUUAACCAAAUACCAUAACCAAUUUGACAAGUUAGAUAUAUUGUUGACUGACCAAUUACUCUCCGACUCAAUAAAUGAGACAGAAAUAUUGCAGAACCUCAAAAAACUAGACGGAUUAACUUUACCCAAAUCAGUUUACACGAAGAGUAAGGCCCUAAAGUCGUUGAUUCUUACCUUGAGAAGACCAAGUGAGAGAUUCCCCUAUCCAAAAAUCAAGAAGGAAGUUAAGAAGCUUGUGCGCAAAUGGAGCGAUUUGGAUAUCGAAGAAAAUACUAUCGAGGACUUAGAGAUGGUAGAAGAAAAUGGCGAAACUACCCAAGAACCAGAGCAGCUUCCUGACCAGGAACUAAAACAAGACUCUGAACAAGCGAAUGCUCAAGCAGCAUCCGAUUCAUUACAAGGAGAAAAUGAAACGUCUGCACCAGAACAACCUGAGUCGGCUACACAAGAAACUGCAGAAAAUACCCAGGAUGCAUCAAGUGAACCUAAUGGAGUAAAGUCUGACUCUUUCAACACAGACAGCUUUGUUACAGCCUAA